AGUUACGUUAAACCCACACCCUGGUCUGUGAGAAUCCAGCAUGGACUGUCUCUACUGUUUCCUGGGAUUUCUGCUUCUGGCUGCACGAUGGCCCCUUGAUGCCGCCAAACGCUUCCAGGAUGUGCUGGGCAAUGAAAGACCUUCUAGUUACAUGAUGGAGCACAGCCAGUUAAAUGGCUGGUCCUCAGAUGAAAAUGAGUGGAAUGAAAAACUCUAUCCAGUGUGGAAGAGGGGAGACUCAAGGUGGAAAUAUUCCUGGAAAGGAGGCCAUGUGCAGGCGUCUCUGACCAGCGACUCACCUGCACUGGUAGGCUCAACUAUAUCAUUUGUGGUGAACUUGGUAUUUCCCAGAUGCCAAAAGGAAGAUGCCGAUGGCAACAUAGUCUAUGAGGAGAAUUGCAGAAAUGAUACGGGCCCAUCUCCUGAGCAGUCUGUCUACAACUGGACAGCGUGGGCGGAGGAUAGCGACUGGGGAAACGGCAGUAGCCGCGGCCAUCACAACGUGUUCCCUGAUGGGAAGCCUUUCCCUCGCCCCCCCGGAUGGAAGAAGUGGAAUUUUGUCUACGUCUUUCACACACUUGGUCAGUAUAUCCAGCAAUUGGGACGGUGUUCAGCGAGAGUUUCUAUAAACACAGCCAAUGUGACACUUAGCCCUCAAGUCAUGGAUGUCACUGUCUACAGAAGACACCGCCGGACUUAUGUUCCCAUCGCAAAAGUGAAAGAUGUAUAUGUGGUGACAGAUCAGAUUCCUGUAUUUGUGGUGAUGUCCCAGAAGAACAACCAAAAUUCAUCUGAUGAAACCUUCCUCAGGGACCUCCCUAUUAUGUUCAAUGUCCUGCUUCAUGACCCCAGCCAUUUCCUCAAUGAGUCUGCCAUCGACUACAAGUGGAAUUUUGGGGACAAUACUGGUCUGUUUGUUUCCAACAGUAACACUUGGAAUCACACAUACAUGCUUAAUGGAACCUUCCACCUUAACCUCACUGUGCAGGCCACAGUGCCUGGCCCUUGCCUUUCACCUUCCGCUGGACCUCCACUGGUCCCCACUUCUCUAGGACCUACUAGUGACAACCCCUGGGAGUUGAAAGAGCAUCCUGAUGAAAACUGCCAGAUUAUCAGACAUGGUUACUUUACAGCCAGGAUCACAAUUAUAGAGGGAAUUCUAGGAGUUAACAUCAUCCAGAUGACAGAUGUUCUGAUGUCCAUGCCACAGCCUGACAACUCCCUGGUGGAUUUUGUCGUGACCUGCCAGGGAACAAUUCCCACAGAGGUGUGUACCAUAAUUUCCGACCCCACUUGCCAGAUCAUCCAGAACACAGUCUGCGACCCUCUGGACAUAGGUGACUCCUGCUUGUUGACAGUGAGAAGAGCCUUCAGUAGGUCUGGUACAUACUGUCUGAACCUCACACUGAGUGAUGAUGCCAGCCUGGCCUUCACCAGCACCCUCAUCUCCAUUCCUGACAGAGACACAGCCUCUCCUCUUAGAAUGGCAAAUGGUGCCCUGGUCUCCAUUGGUUGUUUGGCCAUAUUUAUCACUGUGAUUGCCUUCUUCAUGUACAAAAAACACAAGGAAUACAAACCAAUAGAAAACAGUGCUGGGAUCGAGUUCAAAGGCAAAAGCUUGAAUAUUUUCUUCAGCCAUGCAAAGGCCGUGUUCUUCCCCGGACACAAGGAGAAAGAUCCACUGCUCAAGAACUAACCAGAAAUUCUUUACAUCUUCAGCCUUUUUUCUUAACAACGGCUCACUGUUUGGUGACUUUUCACUUUUUUCCCUGAAGAUUACUGUAAAUAUAUACUGCGGUUCAGGGAGCUCCACCUUUUUUUUUUUAUAGAUUAAAUGUCAUUAUAGAAAAAUGAAGAGGAAUGGCACUGUAUGAAGCCUCAGGCAUGUUAUAUUACUGAGAAAAGUAGUUAGCAUUACUUUCUCUCAUUGUGAUUUGUGUUUCACUUAUGAUGUUAAGUGAUUUGUAGGGUAGAAAUGGGUAAGUGGCAAAAUUCAAAGGUCCUGUUCAUUAAAGCCUGACCUAUGUUAACUGUCAGGCAAGGCUGGACACUGUAGCCUUUCACAUGGCCAGAUGUAUAGAAUGAACAUGUUCCUGUCCUUAAGAUCACAGUCUAAGCUAACCGAAUCCUAUUUCAGUGAACAUGUCUGAGUUGCCAGCAGAAUGAGAAAGGUCAGGUCGUAAAUAUGUUGUGUGUGAUUAUCAAACUAAAAAGAAAAAGUUCAUCUUAUAAGCAAUUGUGAAUAUUUUCCUGACAACCUGCCAGGACUAGCUAUGUGAAGGAAUGACAUUCAUUCAUUUGUUUAUCUCAUGGGCAUUUAGUCAGUGCUUUCUGUAUAUCAGGCAUGUCGCUAGGUGCAUGGACCUGCACUCAGAGUACUCACACUUCUCUGUCUAAAUCUAAAUUUCUGUACACGCAGGUGCUUGCGUUUGGAAUCAUAGAUUAUUAUUUUUCCAGAGAAGGAGGUCCCUGAUUUCCUGUUUAAAUGAUAUAUUUAGAAAUGUGAUCAUAAGGGGUGUAUCUUCAUUUGUAACUAAAACCAUCUACCUUGUGAGACAUGACAUUUCUUUUCUCUCCUUCCUGAAAAAUAAAGUCUGAAA